GAUCCCCGACAGUGACUUGGCCUAACUCGGCGUUGGAUUAGUUGACCUGUCGUGCAUGUUUUCACCGGCUCUGUGUUCCUUACUGUCACCGCACUGUGCCCGGUAUCCCCAACAUGGGGCUGUCAAUGAGCUCAGAUAGCCCGGACCGUGGCAACGAGGGCUACCACGUGCAUGGGGUUCAGGAUAACUCACCAGCUCAAAAUGCUGGGCUGGAGCCCUUUUUCGACUUCAUCACUGCAAUUGGCCAUACAAGACUGAAUAAGGAAAAUAGUAUGUUCAAAGAUCUUCUGAAAGCGAAUGUAGAGAAGCCUGUGAAGCUGGAGGUUUACAAUACGAAAACGAUGAAAGUGCGAGAAGUGGAAGUGACACCGAGCAAUAUGUGGGGAGGACAAGGGCUUCUUGGGGCUAGUGUCAGGUUCUGCAGCUCACAAGGUGCUAAUGAGCACGUCUGGCAUGUACUGGAUGUAGAGCCCGGCUCCCCUGCCAGCUUGGCUGGUUUGAUGCCCUAUACAGACUAUGUAGUGGGAUCUGAUCAGAUUCUACAGGAGUCUGAGGAUUUCUACGCUCUUGUAGAGUCUCAUGAAGGGAAACCAUUGAAGCUGCUGGUCUAUAACACUGAGACUGACUCAUGCAGAGAGGUGUAUGUGACGCCCAAUGGAGCCUGGGGUGGAGAAGGAAGCUUGGGUUGUGGCAUUGGAUAUGGCUAUUUACACAGGAUUCCCUCACUGCCGGGUUCACCAGAGAAAACGUCAGAGAUAAAGCCUCUUUUACCGUUACCAACUGAGACAGAGCCUUUGGUAGCGCCAUCUAAUGGAUAUGAGGAGGCUCCUCUCAUGGCCGCUGCAGAACAAUCUGAAUCUGCAGACGACGCUCUCAACUUAAUUGACGUGACAGAGAGAGAAAUACCCAGCAAUACAGCAGAAGGAGCGCUCAUUCUCCCCCCACCUGUGCAGAGAGUUAUGGACCCAGGAUUUAUAGAUGCCUCUGAGCUUAAGUUACCAGAAAUUCCGGACUUAACAAAACUGAUCGAUAUGACAUCUCCAGCAUCACUUAACCUAACUGCAGGAACAGAACAAUUCCUCAGUCCAGAUGAGCUUAAUGCUUAUAUAGAGCAAAUCAAAGUUUCGGAAGGCCUUGAUUCGAUAUCGACACCGCCAAUAGGGGAUCAGUGGCCAUCUUCUGAAGAUUCCUUAGUGCCAUCUGCUGAGUUUGCAAACAUCAAUUCAGAAUCUGGUUUUGGAAAUGGAUCAUUACAUGAAGUGGACAGCAUGCCAGUGUCCCCAGACGACGGUUCGAAAAUCCCUGAGGAUCUCAACUCAUCCCAAGACGAAACAAAAGAAGAAUAGAAAGCAAAAUGGGCAUUUCUUUUAAAGCAUCUUAAUAUUCCUUUCUCACACUGCUUAAAGUUUUAUUUUUUCUAAAUCUAAAGAAAUGCAAAAAAGGCGUUUUUAUAUGCAGAUUUUUUUUUAACAAUGAUUUUAUAAUAUUUCCCAGCAUCGUGGGUUUGCAGUGUGAGACUUGCAGGGUUUCAGUUACAUGCAAUGUCACCUCCAUUGAGAGAAAAUGCUAAUACCAUUAUACAGUCUGCAUUGUUUAAUAUUAGGAGAGAUACUGUGUAAGCCACAAAGAGUACUGCAUUUUUUUUAGUGUGUAGGAAAGACUCGUUAAGUUUACAUUUUUCAAGACUAUGCAGAGAGUGUGCGAAAAUAGGAGCUUAUAGAUACUGAAUUUUUUUUUUACCAGUGGGGUGGUGACAUAAAGGAUAAAAUAAAUCAAGAACUUGUGUAAUCCAGCAUGUUUUAGGAAAUUAAAUAUGCCAGGUUUUUAAGAGAACAAGCUUGGCACCUUUAGACAAGUUACUCAGGUUAAUGUGCAUAGUAAAACAUUGGUGAUGUAUAUAUUACCCCAUUCGCUGCCAAUGAAAGCAAUAAAAUAUUGAGUAGCAAGGAUUACUGCCCUCCUUGACCGUAAAGUAACACAGCUGAAGUUCUAAAUGUGUAACAAAUCUGAUAAAUGGGACAUAAUUAUCAUUUUUUGCUCAUUACAAUCCAAUAGUUUUUAGCAAUGUUCCAUAUUUUGCAAUUCAUUAGCACAAGACACUCCAUUAUGUGGCCAUUAUGAAACAAGUAUUUCAAUAGCGAAAGUAAAUGAUAGUCACUACAGAAGAGUGAAGCAUUAUGCUAUUCUUAUGACAUAAGGUUGUAGGUCUGGAGAAAAAAAAUCACCUUUCUCCCGGAGAUAAAUCAGAAUGAUGAAGUUUUUUUUCCUCAUGCUGCUAGUCUUAACAAGGGGAGAGGGUCUUCCAGAGUAUGUUACUGCAUAUAAAUGUGUUGUAUGUAAAAUAGCAGUGCUGCCGGUAUCUUGCAAAAGCCAAGUUACACAGAGGGAAAUAUUCAAAGUAGCUUUUAAGUAAAUUAACAAAAUCACAAAUGUUACAUUCAAGUCCUAGAGAAAUGCUGACUUUUCUGGUAAGGUAACCCGUUGGCUACUGAGGGAUUAUGCAGUUAGUCUCAACUGAUGUGCUUGCAACAAUACAAACUAAUGUCAAAUAUAGUGUUCUACACUCUUAUGUCUUAAUUUUACGGUUCUGUAUCAGAAAGUUCUUUAAAAAUUAUUGGAGAAUGUUGGGUUUGGGUUAGUGUUUCUAUGCAGAUAAUUUUAUCCAGCUGUGGGAAAUCUGAUUAACCUAUUAGAUGCCAGAGGGCGAGGCAGCAGAAUGACCACACUGUCAUGCGAGGGUUAACUUCUUAUUAGGCAAUAAUAAGAAUUGCUGCAGCAGUAUUUCUGUUACCAUAAACCCUGUGAUGAUAGCUUUAAUACUGGGUAAUGAAUCUUGUUUACAGCAAUUGUUUAGUAUAGCAUGAACAUGAUUGCUUGGGUUGUUUAUAUCUUGUAUGCAGAUAAUUAUAAAUAUUUUUAAGCACAAUUCAAUAUUUGGUUUUAAAAGUGCAAGUUUAUUAAAGAUUCAAUGUUUAUAUUUGUAAGACCUCUCCAGUCUUAAAUCAUUGUAUUUUAGGUCAAUAUUCAAAUAGCAGUUCUUAUUUUAUAAGCCGUCUAGAAUUAAAGGGACAUUCUAAAGCAGAAAAAUGCAGACUCAUUGGUAAAAAAACAUGUAUUUUUUUGCUAAGUAUAUAUUCGAUUUCCCACAAAGAUGUUAAGCACAUAGGUAAAGUCUCACAAUGCUUUAAGGUGCUAAGCAAGACUUGGCUGGUUAUUGUCAGCUAUAUGUAAUUGCUGCUUCUUAUUGGCUAUCAACGGCCAUCAGGAAAUGCAAUGAAAAAGAGGCACACUCUAAUCAGUUGAAGCAGUGAUGGACAAGUUUUUAGGGACCUUAGGAAAAAGCAAAGGUAAGAAUGUGUGCCUUACUUUUGUGGCCCCAGGAAAAUCAUAUAUAAGUAUAAUGCAUGAUUUGGGGACUUCUGGUGGUGGGCACAAUUCAAAAGCACCCUCUGGAGAGAAGAACAGCAGAUAAAGGGUACCAUGCAUUCUUACAUAAAUCUGUGGGUUUAAAAGCUCGUAUGUGCAGCUAUUAAGGCUUCUGGAAUAUUGAUUUGCGGCGUCAUGUGUAAGGAAGCUGUCCGUUUAUGAAUCAGCGCAUACAUUUUUUGCUUUAGAAUGUCCUUUUAAAUGUUUCAUCCUGGACUGCAUAAGCAGAUAAUAUAUUCCACGAUCCAGACUUUAAAAAAAAAACUUGAUCAGGUUUAUAGAAUACGUAUAUUAUUACAUAUCUUAAUAAUUCAGCAUAAUAUUAAAAUUGCUUCUAUAAGUAUGUUUGGGCUUUUAUAUAGAAUGUGUGUGUGUAUGUAUAUAUAUAUAUAUAUAUAUAUAUACAUACAUACAUACAAGUUGGUUCAAGUCAAUUCAUUACAUUCUAGUUUAUAAGAACAUAUUAGUACAUACUAUUAAUGUAAAUGUUUAUGCAGCAUUAAUGAUAUUGUUUUAUUGUGGACAGAUGGUGAUUUUUUGCCUUACCAAGGAGGUAAGCAAGUUAUUUAUAGAAAGAAUAUAAUUAAUUGACUAGAACAAAAUCAUUUUAAUUUAAUCUAGUUGUAGAUUAUAUAUGUUACGGUUAGGGGUUUUUGUUAGUAAACAGAUGGUUUGAAGAUACAAUAUUAUUGUUGUGUAAUAACGCUAAUUGGAAAAUUGGUCAACUUUUAAAGUAAAUACUUAAUUGAUUUUUUGUAACUGUUAUUUUAAAUUGUUUUGUGUUUUUAAUCAUUUGUCAUAUUUUUCCUGGUUUUGUAAAAGUCAAAAGAAUUUAUUAAACAUGCAUCUUGCACCUGUUAAAGUGUUUAUACCACAAUUAUUUAAUGAAUGACCUGUUCUGUUUCUAAAUGAUAUACUGUAUAGAGAAUGCUGGAGAUUGUUUUGUAUAGAGGAGCAUUAAAUAUUGUGAUGGUUUUAUUUA